UCCGGCAUUCAUCGUCCCGAGCCUGUAAUCCCGCCGCUAUUUGUUCCCUAAAAAUGCCACUCCAUAGGACCAAUACGAUUACGUCUCAUUAUAUGCCACCCAUGCGAUAGCCACCUGAUUGAAGACACCAAGAGAAAAUGAAGGAAUUGAUUCACGCCAUCCCACUCGACGUCAUCGGCCGCCCAAGCAGCGACUACCCCACCCGCGAUCAGCGCGCUGCGAUAAAGAAAGGAAUUACCAUGAGAAUGGAAGGGCUGCUAUACCACGAGGUGGAGGAGGAGAAGCUCUACGCCGUGCAUUGCGUCAACACCGCCCUGCAGGGCCCCUUCUCCAAGUUUGACAUCUCGCCACGCUCGCCGUUGACCUCGACCAGCGGGAGUGCCUGGUGAUGCUGGAGGGCUCCCAAAGGGCGAGGAUCCCACAAGGUCUUCCUCAGUAAUGAUUUCACCAUCCAGUUUUUUAGACGAAAGCACUAAGUACAAGGUUCCAGUUAUUAAAAAAAGUCCAAAACGAGGAAAGUUCCGAAGGCAGAAGAUGUUGUGGUGGUAAGCAUUAACCUAACCAAUUCGAUAGUGCUGGUAUUAUCUAGGUUACUGUGCAUAUUUUUUAUUUGUUUGGUUCAAAUACCUAUCACUGUACUUCUACUAUUUAUUUGGGACAUAUCAGACUCAAUGUUGUACUUCUGCAAUUUAUUCUGAGAAAAAUUGUUGAUGUACUACACUAUUUUAAGCUUUGUUAUCAUGUAAAAUGUUGUACUUCUGUUUCAAUAGAGCUUGACUUCAAACACUUACUGAAGAAGAAGUGCAGUCUUAGUGACAUUAAUACUUUACUGUUGUAGAAUCGUUUUAUUGUGCUCUCAACUUUUUCUUAACUUUUUCUUCAUGAGAAUUCAAUCAUGUGCUAUUGCCAUUUAAAUGGAAGAAAAUGCACAUAUGUUGUUUAAGCUCUUGCAGAUCAACUUGCUGCAGAGCUGUUGAAACUUGAGAGGCACUUGCAGACAUUUUCUCAUAGGAAAAAAAUGAGGUGGUAAGAUGUUACUUGGAGAAAUGGAAUCUGAAUUUGUGUUGCUCUCUGUUUCAAGUUCUGAACUUUCAACUUGCAGAUACCAUACAUGCUAAACUGGUUUGUGGUAUGUGGUUUGGGUUGUACACAUGCAUUUUACAACAAUCUUACUCUUGGAAGAGUGAGGGAAAUACUAAAGAUAUUUACAAUUGUCAUGCAUUUUCAAUACUGACCCCUUCACGUUAUAAGUAAUACUCUGACCCCUACUUAUAUUUUAUUUAUUUUUAGAGGUGGAGUUUUUUUUAUAGGUGACAAUGUAUAUGUCACUAUGGAUCUAGCGGGAACUGCAUGCUCAUUUGAUAACUUAGCCAAGUAAGCAGACUAAACAUAUUACACUUUAUCACUCAUACUUAUUUUUUAACAAAACGUAAGGAGUUUCAAUUCAUAUUAUGUACUUGGUUGUUCUGUCUAUUAGCUUUGCAAACAGGUUGACUCAUAUAGUCAUAUUAAGGGGAACCACAAAUUUCAGAAAAUAGUUUUGAGAGCUAUAAGCUAUUCCUGGGAGAAAAGGUGAGGCUACCUGCACUUGUUUGAUCUCAAUUCUCACGAUAGAAACAUAUUGAUGUUGCUAAUCCUUCACUAAAAUAGGAAAGCCUAGAAGAUUUUUGGUUAAAUUCCAUUGCAGGGAUGGACCCUGUGUAGUUAUUACUUACGAAUGAGAUGGACAUGCUCCUUUCUCUUACCUGGUUCGACCUUGCUCCCUUCUGGAUUGAAAUUUGAUCAAUCGUAUUGGAAUACAUGCCGGAUUGGAUAAGUGGUAUAGGGUGUAGUGUUCCUCGAUGUUGCACUAAUCAGGACUUUCGUGCAGCGCAAGUGUUUGCAUAUUUGCUUUGGCGGUAUGUUGCCUGCAGAUGAUGGAGGAAGCCAAUGAUAAAGAUCGGCUCAAGAAAGCACUUCAGAUGCAUGGUUAGGACUCAGAAGGCUGUGGGGUUAUUUUCAUGAGCUCGUCAAGACGUGAAGGGACAUUGCUGACCAAAGUUCAAAUCUUGAAGGUGGAAUCACAGUACAAAAAUGUGAAGAAAUCCUAUUUCAAGUAUUUGUUAGCCAAACUCGCGUCCUAGAAAGCUUCCGCCACCUCAUGGAAGCAGGUGAUCCCGCCUAGGAUGACCACUGUUCUUUACAAGAAUCACUCUCUUUCACGGAUAAAGUGAAGGUGAUUUACAUGUCUGCUCCUUGAUUGAGGUAUUAUGGCUUGGUGUCCAUGGCUAUUUUUACUCGAUGUGCAUUUCUUUACUUUGUGUUUGCAGGCAUCAUCUACAUCUGAUGGAGAUUAUGAAAAUUUUGAGACAAAUUUAUGAAACUAAAACACAACUAGAGAAUAAUUUGUGAGACGAAUCUUUUGAGACUAAUUAGUUCAUGAUUGGACACUAAUUGUUAAACUAAAUAAAAAUACUACAGUAUCUAUUAAACUUUAACACUCCCAACCAAACACCCUCUAAUACGUUGUGAUAAUAUUUACAUAUAUACCCAAACCUCUGUACAAGAUGGUAUGGAUAUGUGGCAGAACUUAUUUGUGGAUUUAUUGGCGCACAAUGAAAUAGAUAUGGGAUAUUUCUUUCCUGUUGAUAUAAAAUAUUAUUUUAGUCACAUGACGAAAAGUCUAGACAGUAGAGUUUGUGGGCCUACGAUGCUGCACUCUCCAUGACUGUGUUAAUUCCACGAAUUUUGCCUUUUUGAUUCAAUGUCACUUUAAUAUUGGUAUUUAAUUUCAUAGUAUUAUUAUUUUAUCGUGCGAUCCAUGUGUUUUAUUAUUAAAAAAUUAGUUGUCCCGUGGCAACGCACGUGCACACUACCUAGUAUGUUCUAAAAGAUACUUGAGUACCUUAUAUUUAGGGGCAAAGAGAGUACCUUAUUUGUCUAAAAACAAACAGAUCACUACUUGAAUACCUUAUAUUCUGAGACGGUUGUGCACCUGUCACUAGUACUAUUCACAUCACAUACAUAAAUUUUCAGAUGAUUAUAUUCAGCGUCACUAAGUGAUAUCGCGAGUCGUCUCAAAUUUGCUUCUCUAGCGUAACGUUGUUCCAAAGAGUUCAUUGUCAGUAUGAUACAUUUGACCAAACACGUGUACACGCUCCUUCUGCUGUUGGAAUCCGGAAAUGGCACGAAGUAAAAAACUUCAAUGGUCAAUCAAUGCAUGGCCAUGGCGCGGAGUCGCGGAUGCUGUCAGUGUGACUGUCAAAGCGUCUAGCUAGCUGUGUAGUUCCCGCGCACCUCUCGGCUCGAACACUAGCUCCUCAACACCGCCCCCGUUGUUUGCGCGCGAUCCACUUUCCUCGCUUCCAAUGCAUGCCGUGCCACCUUUCGUUCUGCAUGCUCCUCCUGUUACUGGCCUCCCCUUCUCCAACUUGUUUCUGUACGUCUUCGUGUCUCCGGCAAGCCCGCGCUAGCUUAGCGCCCUGCUCCACAACCCACGCGCGCGCUAGCAUUGUCCGUCGUCAGCCCCUCCUCCACCUCCACGGACGACGCGGCGGCCGCGUCAUGAGGAAGCUGUGCCCGAACCUGGACCGCGACGACUCCCUGGACACCGUGCUGGAGGUGCCCAUCCCCGAUGAGAUGCUCAUCAACGCCCCCGGCGCCGACAAGCGCCGCGGCGCCGGGGGCGCCAACAUGCGCGCCUGGCUCAAGAACCAGGCCUUCGAUCGCGCCACCGUCGACGGGGCUGCCUCCGCCACUGCGGAGCUCCAGCUGUUCCUCAACGUCGUCGGAUCGCCGCUCAUCCCCUGCCCCGUCCCGCACGACCGCGCUUUCAGCCGCUCCAUCCGCGACUCCUCCAUCCAAGCGUCGACGGCCAAGUACAUCAUCCAGCAGUACAUCGCGGCGACGGGCGGGCAGGCGGCGCUGCAGGGGGUGCGGAGCAUGUACGCCGUUGGCAAGGUGCGGAUGUGCGCGUCCGAGUUCCACCUCGGCGACCAGACGGUCACCACCACCGCCGCGCAGGGCCGCGCCGAGGUCGGCGGCUUCGUGCUCUGGCAGAAGACCCCCGAGGUCUGGUUCUUCGAGCUCAUCAUGGGCGGCCACAAGAUGGCCGCCGGCAGCGACGGCAAGGUCGCGUGGCGCCAGUCCGCCGCCGAGCACUCCCACGCCUCGCGCGGCCCGCCACGCCCCCUCCGCCGCUCCCUCCAGGGCCUGGAUCCACGCUCCAUCGCGAACCUCUUCUCCGACGCGGUGUGCAUAGGCGAGAAGAUCCUCAACAACGAGGAGUGCUUCAUCCUCAAGCUGGAGGCCGGCGCGGCGACGCUGCGGGCGCGGAGCGCCCCGGCGUUCGACAUCAUCCACCACACGGUGUGGGGCUACUUCAGCCAGCGCACGGGGCUGCUCAUCCAGCUCGAGGACUCGCACCUGCUGCGCAUGAAGUCCGGCAAGGGCCACCGCCGCAGCGAGAACAUCUUCUGGGAGACCAGCAUGGAGUCCGUCAUCUCCGACUACCGCUGCAUCGACGGCGUCAACAUCGCGCACGGCGGCCACACCAACGUCACGCUCUUCCGCUACGGCGAGGGCUCCGUCAACCACAAGCGCAAGCUGGAGGAGACGUGGACGGUGGAGGAGGCCGAUUUCAAUGUGCACGGCCUCACCGCGGACUACUUCCUGCCGCCGGCCGACCUCAAGAAGGACGUCGACGAUCAGAAUAAGUAGUGAUCGGCUAGCGUUUGAUUUUUGACUGAUAUUAAUUGGUUGGAGGACAUCCAAAUUCUUCAUCCAGGCAAUUUUUUCGAUAGCAAUAGCAGGGGUGGCCAUAGUUGUAUUUUGUGUUCUUCCAUUUCUCUUGUUUUUCAGAUUGGAAUUGCUGGAGUACAUGGUUAAAUCAUGUACAGACUACAGAGUACAAUAGAUAUGGGAUUUGAUUCAGUUAUUUCA